GGAUGUUUGUUCUGGUCAGGGGAUUUGGUUGACAUUAGAUGGUUAGCUGGGAGCAAGCAAGACAUAUACAUCAGACUGGCUUCAUUGGAUGUUCCAGCAGGGGGGACAACAAUUUCAAUGCAUUCAGGCUCAAAGAGGAAAAAAGUAGAGAUAAUUGCACUUUGUUUAUCGUCAUUGCUGGCUCUAGUGUUUCUGGCCUGCUGCUUCUCCUUGUGGUAUUUUUGCAAAAGGAGAAUUGCUAAAAGAAAGCUGGAGAAAGAAUUUGAGCUGCCAUUAUAUGAUGUUUCUACGAUAGCGCGAGCUACAAAUAACUUUUCAUCUCAAAACAAGCUUGGGGAAGGGGGAUUUGGAACUGUUUACAAGGGUGCUUUGGAUGGGGGGCAAGAUAUUGCAGUGAAGAGGCUAUCAAAGACUUCCCAACAAGGACUUGAAGAAUUCAAGAAUGAAGUGAUAUGUGUCGCAAAAUUACAGCACCGGAAUCUUGUCAAGCUUCAGGGGUGCUGCAUUAGUGGGGAAGAGAAAAUGUUGAUAUAUGAAUACAUGCCUAACAAAAGUUUGGACAUCUUCAUUUUUGAUCAAAAGAAAAGAAAGUUGCUGAAUUGGAAUAAACGCAUUAAUAUAAUCGUUGGAAUUGCUAGAGGAUUGUUAUAUCUCCAUCGAGAUUCUCGACAGAGAAUUAUCCAUAGAGAUCUCAAAGCUAGCAACGUUUUGCUUGAUCUUGAGCUAAACCCAAAGAUAUCAGACUUUGGAUUAGCUAAGAAUGUGGGAGUUGAUGAGACAGCAGAUAGAACAAAACGAAUUGCCGGAACUCAUGGGUAUAUAUCUCCAGAAUAUGCUGCUCAUGGAAUCUUCUCUUUGAAGUCAGAUGUAUUUAGCUUUGGCGUUUUAGUAUUGGAGAUAGUUAGUGGAAGGAAAAAUAACUAUGUCUUUGAUGCAGAUCAGGAUGAAACCUUGCUUGGGCAUGCAUGGAAGCUUAAUAUGGAGGGAAGGGCAAUAGAGCUGGUGGAUGAGAAUAUAGCAGAAUCAUGCGAUGUGGCUCAAGUUAUAAGAGCAAUCCAUGUCGGCUUACUAUGCGUUCAACAAAGACCGGAGGAUAGGCCAAACAUGUCUGGUGCAGUUAAGAUGUUGGUAAAUGAUGCUGCUGUGGUGGACUUGCCUCAACCUAAAGAGCCAGCUUUCUUUACCGGCAGUGUGCUGGCUGCAGGAGUUAAAGCUGAACUUUCUCCAGCCAAUCAUUCCACUGUGUCUAUGAAUGAAGUCACUAUCACUUCACUAACACCUCGUUGAACGCAUGAAUAUAUGGUUAUCUUCAUCACUUGUGUCCCUUUGUAGAAUACUACGUAUGAAUGUAUUCAUAAUGUAUUCAGACGAGAAAUAUUAUCGAUUAAUAACCAAAGAUAGAGAUGUAAACUUUC